GUUGGUCAGUCGUCGUCCCGCGGCCGGCCGCCCCACGCGAGCGAUGCCCGUCCGUUAGCCACUCGCCGCCGCCAUGACCGAUGACAUACCAGAAACGGGUGCGGUGUUCACAUUCGGCAAGUCGCACUUCGCCGACAACGAGCCGAGCCACUUCUUCAUCAAGAACGAUCCCAUCGUCGCGAUCUCCUGCGGCGAUGAGCAUAGUGCUGUCAUUUGUCAGAAUGGGAGGGUAUUCGUAUUCGGCGGGAACGCGUGGGGGCAGCUGGGGCUCGGCCACAAGGACGAGGUGACGCGGCCCAGCUGCGUCAAGUGGCUCAAGCCGCACCGCGUCAUGUUCGUGGCCUGUGGCCGCGCGCACACCGUGUUCGUCACAGACAACAGCGCAGUGUACUCCGUGGGCUGCAACGACGAGGGUCAGCUGGGCACCGGCGACAUGGAGCACCACUCCGUGCCUCAGUGCGUGGAGCUGGACGCCGAGUCCGCCCGCGUGCGCCAGGUGUCUGCCGGCAGCAACCACUCUGCCAUCCUCACGGAUUCGGGGCGCGUAUUCGUAUGCGGCUCCAACACGGAGGGGCAGUUGGGGCUGGGCGAGGACACGCGCUCGUGUGUGCGCUUCACCGAGCUCAACUUCGUGGAGAAGAUCGCCUUCGUCGAGUGCGGCUACUACCACACCGUCUUUAUUACCACUCAAGGAGCGGUGUUCGUCACGGGUGACAACGAGAAUGGAAAACUUGGCAUAAAGAAUCCUGCGACCACCGUGUACGUGCCUGAGGUGCUGCCCAUAGAUAUUCCUAUAAAAAGUGCCUGUUGUGGAGCCUCUCAUACCUUCCUGUUGUCUAUGGAUGAGAGCAAGAUCCUGGCCUUCGGGUCCAAUGAGAAGGGACAGCUGGGAAUGCCACGAGAGGUGGAGAAUGUCACGGAGCCAGCUGAGAUUGACAUGGAACAGAUGUUCGACGGAUAUCAGCUCAAGCUUGUCGCUUGCGGCGCUAUGCACACUGCCUUUGUUACAGACAACGGGCUGCUCUACACCUGCGGCGAGUCGCGCCACAAUAAACUCUGUUUGGAGGAAAUCGACGACGCCGACAACGCUAAUGAGGCUGUCCCCAAUCAAUACUCGCCGAAGCGGGUCACCGCUAUGAAUGGCUUCGUCGUCGACAACGUAGCCUGCGGCGGCUGCCACACGCUGCUCACCGCCACCAAGGGCUCCAACGCAGACUUCACCAACAACGACUUCAGCAUCGUCACCGAGGAGAAACUGCAAACGUCCAUCACGGAACUGCCACCCCUACAGAAAAUACCCGCGAUGAGCAAACACGAGGAGCCGUUCACGAUCGAGGACGUCACGAACUCGAAUAUUGACGAGCAUGUAACUGCAGACAACGUGAAUGGAAACGCGAGCGAGGAGAUCGGAUCGAUCGACUCACUGGAGGCGAACGUCAGCGGCUCCCACAUAGUAAAUAUAAACGACCUUGAGAACGAAAACGUAACCCCGCACGACAUCCCCGACGUAAACAAAGAUGAUAUUGCCCCGUCUUCCCCGACAUUAAAAACCACCGUGAAGGACGCGAUGCAUAACAUACAGGCGAUGGUUGGAAAAACUGAAGAAAAAAUACAAGAAACCGUUCAAGUUAUCAAAGAUGAGGUGACAGGAAAAGUGGAAGUUGUGGAAAACAUAAUAAAAACAACCACUACAAUAGAGCCCAUAGUGCACCACGAUGAAAUUAAAUCACUAGGAGUGCCAGAAAAAAUUGCAGAAAUUGCUAAUUCGCCGCCUCCAAAGUCUCCUUUGCUUCAAGAUUUAUUACAUGUUCCUGAUCUAUCGCAGAUGAGCCCGGUUCUGAGUAAACAUAGCGAUGAUGGGCAGAAAAGUGAAGGUGGGCAGUCAGAAAACGAAACGAUCCCCUGCGGGUCGGAUAAGUCUAGCCCGCAGGCCGGCAAGACCAAGACGCAGGCUGUGAUGCCCAUCGUGAGGAGCGAGGACGCCAUAGACGCUCACGACGGGCUCAACGAAGAAACCGACGUCGUGGUUGGUAAAGAAAAGGGUAGAUUUGCUCGAAUGUUUCAAUCAAUAAAGGACAAAGAAAAUUCCUGCAUCGGCAAAGGAAAGGUUAUCGAGGAUCACGUUGUUGAAAAUGUACACAAAGGCAUAGAUGGAGCUGAAGAUACUGUCCACAAAAUAGAAGAGACGAUAGAGACAGAAGUGAGGAAUCAAACUAACUCUCGAACUUGCACCAUAUUAUAAGUAAUUAAUUAUUCGUCUUCUUGUUCGUUUAGCUUAAAAAUAAAGUUUAUAUUAUUGCUAUCCUUGUUUAUUA